AAAACACCCUUUACAUAGGGCUGGCAAUUGUUAUUAGCCAUUGAAUAUGGAUGCAACCAAAGCAUUCUUGAUAGCAAUCUCUAUUGCUGUGAUAACAGUUAUCGGUAUAUUCUACAGAGUCUUGAACUGGGUAUGGCUCAGACCCAGGAAGCUCGAGAAGUACCUAAAAGAGCAAGGUUUCAAAGGAAACGCCUACAGGCUUGUUCUCGGGGACAUGGGGGAGUAUGCAAGCAUGAUAAAACAGGAGCAACCUAGACAGAUCAAAUUCUCCGAAAAUGUAUCACUGCAUGCUUUGCCCUAUGCCCACCACAUUAUCAACAAAUUCGGUAAGAACUCAUAUAUGUGGUGGGGGAUGUACCCAAGACUAAACAUCCUAGAUCCUGAACUAAUCAAAGAGAUCAUGACAAAGCCUAAUGUAUUCCAGAAGCCACAUCCUAACCCGCUCGGUAACUUGAUUACGGGUGGCCUUUUGGCCACUGAGGGUGAGAAAUGGACUAAGCAUCGGAAACUAAUUAAUCCAGCGUUCCACCUAGAAAUGUUAAAGAAUAUGUUACCCGCUAUUCAUUUAUGUUGUGGCGAGAUGAUCAACAAAUGGGAAAUGCUAGUCUUGACAACAGGAAGUUCACGAGAGGUUGAUGUAUGGCCCUAUCUUCAAGAUUUAUCUGGGGAUGUGAUAUCUCGAACAGCAUUUGGAAGUAGCCAUGAAGAAGGUAGAAAAAUAUUUCUCCUGCAGAAAGAGCAAGUUGAUCUAGCAAUUCAUCUUAUCAAAUUUAGUUUCACCCCCGGAUAUAGGUACAUCCCAACAAAAGCAAACAAGAGAAUGAAGCAAGUAUGCAUUGAAUUACAGGCUCUGCUAAGCGGUAUUAUCACUAAAAGAGAGAAGGCAUUGGAAACAGAAGUCAACAAUGAUGACUUACUUGGUAUUUUAAUGGAAUCAAAUUACAGAGAGAUCAAAGAACAGGGCAUAGGAUUGAGCAUCCAAGAGGUGAUAGAUGAGUGCAAACUAUUUUAUUUUGCAGGGUCAGAGACAACAUCAAAUGUACUCGUAUGGACAAUGAUCUUGUUGAGUUUACAUCCAGAAUGGCAAACUCGUGCAAGAGAAGAAGUUUUACAAGUUUUGGGGAACAAAACUCCCGACUUAGAUGGACUAAAUCGUCUCAAAAUAGUAACAAUGAUAUUACAGGAGGUGCUAAGGUUGUAUCCUCCAGCAGCUUUGCUCAUUCGUGACACUCCUCAGAACGCUAAACUAGGAGAUAUUAAUAUUCCAGCAGGCGUGGGAUUAACGGUGCCUGUAAUCUUACUUCACUAUGACCAUGAACUAUGGGGAACAGAUGCACAUGAAUUCAAACCACAGAGAUUUUCUGGAGGAGUUCUGGGUGCAACUAAGGGCAAAUUCUCAUAUAUUCCUUUUGGAGGGGGUCCCCGAAUAUGCAUUGGGCAGAACUUUGCAAUGAUUGAAGCGAAAAUGGCAUUAUCAAUGAUCCUAAUGACCUUCAUCUUUGAACUUUCACCACACUAUAAGCAUGCUCCGUUUCCUAUUCUAACACUUCAACCUCAACAUGGAGCUCCAAUGAUAUUGCACAGACUCUAGAGUGAAUUACAAGUUACAUGAAGUAUGUAAGCUCUGAUAUUUUGUUAUUUUGUUCUUACAAGAGAAAGAGAGAUGGUUCAAUAAAAUUCUAAUAUAUGGAGGUUCUUUUCCAAUA